AUGAAACGAGUGGGUUUGGCCGCCUUCGAUACUAAACAUCGAGCUGCAUUCGAUGAUCUAAGUUCCAAUAUCUUGCAAGAACAAGUCGAACAGCUUAAUACUCAACUGUCCGUUUUCCAGUCUGCUCUGGCCUACUUUGCUGUAGAACAUGCAGCCGAUAUACGAAACAAUCCCGAAUUCAGGGCUGAAUUUAGUCGGAUGUGUACUACCAUUGGAGUAGAUCCUUUGGCUGGUUCAUCCUCCAACAACCAAGGAUCUCUUUGGGCGAAUAUGCUUGGUAAAGACGUUAACGAUUUUUACUUUGAGCUGGCGGUGCGAGUGAUUGAAAUCUGCCGCCUCACAAGAGAUACAAAUGGAGGUUUAAUAUCGGUGUCGGAAAUGAAAACAAGGCUGGCUGACAAGUCGCAGCUGAGGCCCAUUGAAGUUACAGAAGACGAUAUCGAGCGGUCUGUAAAGAGUUUAAAAAGCCUUGGUCGGGGGUUUGAACUCGUCCAGCUGGGCACACACAAAAAAAUGAUGAUUCGGAGUGUUCCUUCUGAACUGAGUAAUGACCAGACAGUGGUCUUGGGAGCCUGUGAAGCGUUGGGCUAUGUAACUGUUACCAUGCUGCAUGAUAAUCUGGGAUGGAUUCAUGUUCGUUCCAGAACUGUUCUGGGUGAUAUGGUUGCAGCUGGUUUACUAUGGGCUGAUACUCAAGGUGUGGAAACAGAGUAUUGGGCUCCAUCUUGGCUAUCAUAG